AUGGUAUCUAAUUUUACUUGGAUGAGAAGCUUCUUAAUCCUGGGAUUCCCGGGACUUUCACCGCAGUUUUAUGCACCUGUUUCAGCUCUGCUUUUUUUCCUCUACCUAUUGAUUGCUAUAGGGAAUAUUUUCAUUUUAACAUUUGUUUUCUGUGAGAAGUCACUUCAGAAACCGACCUAUGUGGUCUUUUGUCACCUGGCACUGAUUGAUUUAACAUUUGGCACCGCGACUCUUCCAAAGAUUAUAUCAAAAUACUGGUUUGGUGAUAACAUUAUUUCAUUUAAUGGGUGUUUUACACAGAUGUUCUUUGUCCACUAUUUAGGAUCAGUAACUUCUUUCAUGCUACUGGUCAUGGCUCUUGAUCGAUUUAUUGCAAUAUGUAUCCCACUGCGUUAUCCUGUUCUUAUCACAAACAACAUCAUAUCUGUGCUCUGUGGCUUUGCUUGGAUCAUCCCUCUGCCUUUAAUGGUAGCUAUUGUACUCCAUGCCCUAACUUUGCCGUUCUGUAAAUCAAAUGUUAUUGCUCAGUGCUACUGUGACCACAUUUCUAUAACAAGUCAGGCAUGUGGAGAUGAUGUUAUAAUCGUGAAAGUCAUUGCUCUGUGUGUGGCCAUGAUUUGUCUUCUGGUUCCUCUUGCAUUCAUCGUAUUUUCAUACAUUUCCAUCAUUGUAGUUAUCUUAAAAAUUUCAAAUGUGGCUGGCCGCAAGAAAACCUUAUCAACUUGUACUCCUCAAAUAUUAAUCACAUGUCUUUUUUACCUUCCCAGAUGUUUUGUUUAUGUAGCUAAUAUUGUUGAAUUUUCUUUCAGUUUAGAUGUUCGCAUCCUGUUGAUAUUGUUGUACAGUCUGUUUCCCGCUGCCAUUAAUCCAAUUAUUUAUUGUUUUAAGACUCAGGAUAUCAAGCAGAUGUUGAUGAAGAGGCUAAGGAAAACUCGAAUUGGAAUCGAGAUAAAGUUUUCAUAUUGA